GUGGCGGCGGCGGCAGCGAUACCGGGUAGGGGAUUCAGCCAGGGCGAAAGCUCUCUUUCCCCCCCGGCUUUGCUCACUUGCUUGAGCGCGCCACGGGAGGAGGAAGCCGUGUCACUGCGUUAAUCGCUCAGUAUAUUUAUUUACUUCUGGCUUCCUCCCUCCUUUCCCUUUCCUGUCAAGCUCUUUCCUCUUCCUUUAGAAGGUCCACUCCCUCCCUUACCUGAAAAGGGUGUCUGGCUCUCGAAGUCGCCUUGCAGCCUCUUGCUCAUUAUUAUCAUUAUUAUCGUUACUAUCAUUUUUGUUACGAUCAGUUUUUGGAUGAAGAGGGGAAGGGAGAGACUUUCUCCCCCUGGCCGGCGCACGCACGCACACGCACACACCCUCGUCUUGCCAGCCUCCUUCCCUUACUCUGCUGUGGUUUGUUUGAGGUGUGUGUGAGAGAGGGCGGGAGUAGGAACCACGGCAAGAGGGGGGUGGGGAGGGGGAGGAGGAGGAGGGGGGAGAAGAACAGGGUGCGCCUCCGAAGAGACCAUGAGGAAAUUUAACAUCAGGAAGGUGUUGGACGGCCUGACAGCGGGCUCGUCGUCGUCCUCGUCGGCUGCCUCCUCCUCGCAGCAGCAGCAGACUGCAACCCGGGAGAACGACAUCCCUGAGACCCUCCAGUCCGAGCAUUUCCAGCUCUGCAAGACUGUACGCCAUGGUUUCCCUUAUCAGCCUUCCUCCUUGGCUUUUGAUCCUGUUCAGAAGAUACUGGCCAUUGGGACUCAGACUGGAGCUUUAAGGCUUUUUGGUCGACCAGGAGUUGAAUGCUACUGCCAGCAUGACAGUGGAGCAGCUGUUAUCCAACUUCAGUUCCUGAUAAACGAGGGAGCCCUUGUGAGUGCCUUGGCUGAUGAUACCGUACACUUAUGGAACUUGCGUCAGAAGAGGCCUGCUAUACUGCAUUCCCUAAAAUUCAACAGAGAACGGAUAACAUUUUGCCAUCUGCCUUUCCAAAGUAAAUGGCUGUAUGUGGGCACUGAAAGAGGAAAUAUACACAUUGUCAAUGUGGAGUCCUUCUCUCUCUCAGGAUAUGUCAUCAUGUGGAAUAAAGCCAUUGAACUGUCAUCCAAGUCUCAUCCAGGACCUAUUGUCCAUAUUAGUGACAAUCCAAUGGAUGAAGGCAAGUUGUUGAUUGGUUUUGAAUCAGGAACAGUAGCAUUAUGGGACCUCAAGUCAAAGAAGGCGGAUUACAGAUACACACAUGAUGAGGCAAUCCAUUCUGUAGCUUGGCACCAUGAAGGAAAGCAAUUUAUUUGUAGCCAUUCAGAUGGCACUUUGACUAUAUGGAAUGUAAGGAAUCCUACCAAGCCAUUGCAGACAAUCACUCCGCAUGGGAAGCAGGUGAAAGAUGGAAAGAAGCCAGAGCCUUGUAAACCUAUUCUUAAAGUGGAAUAUAAAACUACAAGAGCUGGAGAACCUUUCAUCAUUUUGUCAGGUGGUUUGUCAUAUGACACUGUAGGAAGAAGACCUUGUUUAACAGUCAUGCAUGGAAAGAGCACUGCUGUUUUAGAGAUGGAUUAUUCAAUAGUUGAUUUUCUAACCCUCUGCGAAACUCCAUACUCUAAUGAUUUCCAAGAGCCAUAUGCAGUGAUUGUCCUUCUAGAAAAAGAUUUAGUACUUAUUGAUCUUGCACAAAAUGGGUAUCCAAUAUUUGAGACUCCCUAUCCCUUGAGUAUACAUGAAUCCCCAGUUACCUGUUGUGAAUACUUUGCCGAUUGUCCAGUGGACCUUAUUCCAGCACUUUAUUCAGUUGGGGCUCGCCAGAAGCGUCAAGGUUAUAGUAAAAAGGAAUGGCCUAUCAAUGGUGGAAACUGGGGUUUGGUUACACAGAGUUACCCAGAGAUCAUUAUUACUGGGCAUGCAGAUGGGUCAAUCAAGUUUUGGGAUGCUUCUGCAAUAACACUGCAGGUGCUGUACAAGCUAAAAACAUCUAAAGUCUUUGAAAAGUCACGAAAUAAAGAUGACAGACCAAGCACAGACAUCGUAGAUGAAGACCCCUAUGCCAUUCAGAUCAUUUCAUGGUGUCCAGAAAGUAGAAUGCUGUGCAUAGCAGGAGUUUCUGCACAUGUCAUUGUUUACAGAUUCAGUAAACAAGAAAUCACAACGGAAGUUAUUCCAAUGCUUGAAGUAAGGCUCUUGUAUGAAAUAAACUAUAUAGAAUCUCCAGAUACUGAACAAGUGCCACCAUUGCCUACUCCAGGCACAGGUUCCAAUCCUCAGUCCAUUGUUCCCCAGUCUCAUCCAUCCACUAGCAGCAGCUCAUCUGAUGGGCUUCGGGAUAAUGUCCCAUGUUUAAAAGUUAAAAACUCUUCUUUGAAAGAGUCUGCAGGCUAUCAGGUUGAACUGGUUAUCCAGUUAGUGUGGGUGAGUGGAGAACCUCCUCAGCAAAUAACUAGCCUUGCAAUCAACUCUGCCUAUGGCUUAGUAGUUUUUGGCAACUGUAAUGGUAUUGCAAUGGUUGAUUACCUACAAAAGACCACGCUGUUAAACCUUGGCACCAUUGAAUUGUAUGGUUCUAAUGAUCCGUAUAGGAGGGAACCUCGAUCUCCACGUAAAAGCAGACAACCAUCAGGAGUUGGUCUUUGCGACAUUAAUGAAGGCACUGCAGUACAAGAAGAUCGUUGCAAGUCACCCACCUCAGGUUCUGGUUCUCCCAUCAAUUCUGAUGAUGAUCAAAAAAUGAAUAAUUUUAUAGAAAAGGUGAAGACCAAAAGCAGAAAGUUUUCCAAGAUGGUAGCCAGUGAUAUAGCAAAAAUGUCUAGAAAAUUAAGCUUACCAACUGAACUGAAGCCUGAGUUAGAUGUAAGAGACAACUCAUUCAGCCGAUCUAGGAGUUCCAGUGUAACCAGCAUUGAUAAGGAAUCUCGAGAAGCAAUUUCAGCUCUUCACUUCUGUGAGACUUUCACACGGAAAGCUGAUACAGCUCCCUCACCAUGCUUGUGGGUUGGGACCACUUUGGGCACAGUUCUAGUCAUUGCCUUGAAUUUACCCCCAGGAGGAGAGCAAAGAUUAGUACAGCCUGUAAUUGUAUCCCCCAGUGGAACCAUACUGAGACUUAAAGGAGCAAUCCUGAGAAUGGCUUUUCUGGACACUACAGGAUCAUUAGUUGCACCAGCAUAUGAAGCCUGGAGAGAACCCAAUGUUCUUGAAGACAAGGAUGAAAAGGAUAAGUCAAAAAAACGGCGGCCUGUCUCUGUGUCUCCAUCAUCAUCUCAGGAAAUCAGUGAAAAUCAAUAUGCAGUGAUAUGUUCUGAAAAGCAAGCAAAAGUUAUUUCACUGCCCUCACAGAACUGUACUUAUAAGCAAAAUAUAACAGAGACUUCAUUUGUUCUUCGUGGGGACAUAGUGGCACUCAGCAAUGGUAUCUGCCUUGCUUGUUUUUGUGCCAAUGGACACAUAAUGACUUUUAGUUUGCCAAGUUUAAGGCCGCUGUUGGAUGUUUAUUACUUGCCACUUACCAACAUGCGAAUAGCCAGAACAUUUUGCUUCACCAACAACGGGCAGGCAUUGUACCUUGUCUCACCUACAGAAAUCCAGAGAAUCACCUACAGUCAAGAAACAUGUGAAAAUCUACAGGAAAUGUUGGGUGAACUCUUCACACCAGUAGAAACACCAGAGGCACCAAAUAGGGGGUUCUUCAAAGGCCUGUUUGGUGGUGGAGCACAGUCACUUGACCGAGAAGAACUUUUUGGAGAAUCGGCUGCGGGAAAGGCAUCAAGGAGCCUUGCUCAGCAUAUUCCAGGACCUGGUGGCAUUGAAGGGGUCAAAGGAGCAGCAUCUGGAAUUGUUUGUGAAUUAGCACGAGCAAGGCUAGCGCUAGAUGAAAGAGGACAGAAGUUGGGAGAACUGGAGGAAAGAACAGCAGCUAUGUUAACCAGUGCUGAUUCUUUCUCUAAGCAUGCUCAUGAGAUGAUGAUAAAAUGCAAAGAUAAGAAAUGGUACCAGUUCUGACAACGCAUUUCCAAAUGCAUCUAUAUAACUUUACCUUGAAGAAAAAUCUCCUUUUCAUUCACUUCUGCAGGACCAGCAGAAUUGGAAGGGUGUCAGCCAAUGGAUACUGUUGUUUCCUAGCACAAAUUAUACACUGUUUUACCUCAGUCACACAGCUUUAACUGAGGAUCAUUACAUUUAAAACUGACACCUGCACAGUCACACAGUGUGGAAGUUCAUCUGACCUGUGGGCUGACUGGGAGCCUGGGAACCGAGCUGGUUACAAAGAAAAAGUGAUGGACAAAAGGGAAAAUUGGUAUCAGAAGAUGAGCAGGGGCAAUGCAGGCUCUGUCCUGUGUUAAUAUUCAUAUGCCAAAAGUUUUUGUGCUAUUGUUGUUGCUGCCAGUGUUUCACCCUCCCAUGGGAGGUUGCAAUAAAUCAGGGGUCCAAGAGCUAGAAUAAAGGUAUUCAUUUUACAGGACUACCAGUAGCUGAUCUAACCUACCCUCCUUAGAGCACGUCAUUAUAGUUGUUACUGGAAAUGACUUAUUUCUCUACCACCUCUCUGAUCUGACAAACUGGAAGUGUGUGAGCUCCCUCCUGAAUCUUUACAUAGGUAACAUGCACAUAGUCUUUUCUUGGACCCCUGAUCUAGUAUUCUUGUCUUUGCAUCAUCAUACUAUGUCAAGUGCAAAACAAGACGAUAAGUUACUUUUGCGUUGUAAAAAAAAGUGAAUUAUAUGAUUGAACUGCACAUCAUGCUGGAAAAUUUUGUGUUUAUGGCUGUGUAGUGUGAAAAGUAAAAACAUUUAUUACAAUGAGAAAAAUAUUUGUCAUCUUUCAGCCAGUUAUUUUUAUU